GUGUUUUGAGCUUGAUCAGCUUCCACUUGUGUCCCUCCCUAAACGCGUGCCGAGCUUCGUUCAUGUGAUUCUCUGCCUCCCGAUGCCGGGGAAGCGUAAAGAUGCGAUCUUGACCGAUGGGAUGAACUAUCAAUCAAUCACUCACUGACUCACCAGAGCAGUUUACCCUUUUCGUUCGUUGUUGCUUGAUCGGUUUGCGGCGACAGGUGCGGUCCUUUUCUAUAUCGCCGUUCCUCCUAGUGAUGCGCCUGAAAACUGCGAUUUGGUUUUCUUCUUCAUUUUGUAAGACUUGAUGGGCGUUCGGGGCUGACCGAGCGUGGGGCUUGCCUAAUAAGGUUCUCCUGCCGCGGCGGAGUUUGUCGCUCCCGUGGCCGGGGGAAAUCGAUUCUUCAUCGUUCGGAGAAGCCUCGAAUCGAUCGUUGGCUGUUUCGUUCUCCCUACUGUCUUCUUCCUUUUUGUCCGUUUCUGAUCGUUUCGAGAAGGUGCUUCAUGUUCGUGUUCAUCUGUCAAAGCUGCGGCCUGGUUCGAUUAACUCUUCACGUCAUAUUUUAAAUGCUCCAUAGAAUCGUUUCUUUUGAAGGACAGCUUCUUGUAGCGAUUUUUGCUGAGAUUACUGCAGAGGUUUCUGGCCUGUGAAAAGGACGAAGAAUUAGAGUUGACAAAAUAUUCGGUCAAAUGGGCGGAACUUGUUCGAGAAGAUCAGCCGUGGAUAAAUCGCCUAGUGAUACACUGGACCCCAAUGGACGCAGGAAUCAGUCAACAACGAAUCAGUCUCGCAAGACGCAAAGGAAUACAGUGGAAGAAGCAAUGGAGAAGCAGCUGCACGAACAACCUGUUCCUGGAAACUCUCCCGUCACUUCCGCAGAUGAGACUGAAUCACAAUUCUCUAGAUCUGCCUCGCAGAAUUCCUCCAGGCUAACCAAUUCUAAACACAGUACCUCUGUGAAAUCAGGGACUACCAAGGUUUCAGAAGUGAGUUCUGUUUUGGGCAAAGCAGGUAGUAUGGGGCUUGGCAAAGCAGUGGAGGUAUUGGACACUCUUGGGACUAGUGUGACAAAUUUGCAUCUCAGUAGUAGUUUUAUGGCAGGAAUGUCAACAAAGGGAAACAAAAUAGCCAUUUUAUCUUUCGAAGUUGCCAACACAAUAGUUAAAGGAUCCAAUCUUAUGCAAUCAGUUUCAGAGGAGAACAUAAAGCAUUUAAAGGAAGUUGUUCUUCCCUCGGAAGGUGUACAACAUUUGAUAUCUAGAGAUAUGGAUGAAUUGCUAAGCAUUGCUAUUUAUGACAAAAGGGAAGAGUUUGAUGUCUUCCGUAAUGAGGUUGUGCGCUUUGGAAAUCGUUGUAAAGAUCCUCAAUGGCACAAUUUGGAGCGCUACUUUAACAAUCUGACAUCAGAACUCACACCUAUAAAUCAGCUGAAAGAAGCAGCAGGGGCAGCGAUUGAGCAACUUUUAACAUUAGCUCAACAUACAGCUGAAUUAUAUCAUGAGUUUCAUACCUUGGAUAGAUUUGAGCAAGAUUCUAGGAGAAAACAGCAAGAAGAUGAUAGUGCAAGUGGAGUUCAAAGAGGGGAUAAUCUCCAAAUUCUAAAGCAAGAACUGAAGAGCCAAAGAAAGCAUGUAAAAUCCUUGAAGAAAAGAUCACUGUGGUCCAAGAAUUUGGAAGAGGUACUGGUGAAGCUUGUAGAUAUUGUCCAUUUCAUACAUUUGAAGAUUAAUGAUGCAUUUGGAAAUUCUGAUACUUCUAAACCGGCAGAGCCGAGUACAAAGUUUCAAAGAAGAUUAGGACCUGCUGGUCUUGCACUACAUUAUGCAAAUAUCAUCACUCAGAUAGACACCCUUGUCUCACGGUCAAGCUCCGUGCCCCAGAAUACAAGAGAUUCUUUGUACCAAGGAUUGCCGCCAAAUAUAAAGUCUACAUUUCGUUCUAAGUUGCAAUUAUCUCAAACAAAGGAAGAGCUUUCUGUUCCUCAAAUCAAAUUAGAGAUGGAAAAAACAUUGCAAUGGCUUGUGCCAUUUGCCAACAACACAACCAAGGCUCACCAUGGUUUUGGUUGGGUUGGGGAGUGGGCAAACACUAGUUCUGAUAUAAGUCAAAAAGCAGGUGGUCAAGUAGACUUGCUCAGGAUAGAGACACUGCAUCAUGCGGACAAGGGUAAGACUGAUGCGUACAUUCUUGACUUAGUUUUGUGGCUUCAUCACCUUGUUCGCCACUCCAAGUCUGCAAAUGGAGAGAUCAAAUCUCCUAUCAAGUCUCCAGUUCGUUCACCCACAAAUGGAUUGACUCCCUCACCAGCCUCGACAACACACAGCUCGCCGAGUUCCACUCUCACCCAAGAAGACCAAGAAAUGCUGCAAUACGUGAACAUUAGAAAACUAACCCCUGGAAUUAGCAGAAGUCAGGAGUUUAACAUAUCAAAGUCUAAACCGAGUAAGCACAAGAGAUUGAGCAAGAGUAACAGCCAUUCGCCAACGAGCUGCAGCAAGAACGAUUUCUUCACGACAAGAAGGCCAUCAUUGCUUCCGGUCAUUGACUUUGAUAUUGACAGAGUAAAAGCUAUGGACGUGAUUGAUAGAGUAGCUGAUAUAUAAAAGCCAUGAAGUGGCGACGAGCCAUAUCUGGACUUUGCAGGUCUAUCUUGAUCCAAGUCCUGCUCUUGAACAUCUGGAGCACUACCACAAGACAAUGUCAAUAUGCAGCAAAUAUUUUCAUGGUGUGCAGAAUGCCGUGAGGGCACGGUGUGUUUAGUUUGUAUCAUUUCAGCUUGUGGGUUCAAUCAUAAACAAGGGAGAGAAAAAUUUCAUAUAGUGGUACUUUCUUCUAUAUGUACAAGGGCCUAUAGAUAAUAUUUCUAAUAAUCAAGUUCUAAAUGUAUGGGUAGUGACUUCUGGACA